CAUUAAAUCAUAUAUACUAAAACUCGUAGGGUUGGGCAUUGUGAAUGACCAGUGGGCGGACUGUUUUGCCCCUCCGUUUUAUAUCGAUUUCCCUUGCUGCUCCCCACGUCCUCAUCGUGCACCUUUUCGUUGGAUUUUCUUCCCCCUAUAGUGUUAUACACGUGUUGCUCAUCGUGGAGGGGAAGAAACAUGGAAAAGCUGGCUCUUCCAUUUGCUUCCACAGAUUUCUCGAGCUCUCUCUCAAGCUCCGAAUCGUUGGCCUCCGCAAGAAGGAAAUCGCCAAUUCGAAAGCUUGGGUUUCCUGAGAUCUUUGCCAUCGCUACUCCACCAAACUUGCAUCCGCUCUUUCGAACAGGAAUUUUAUGAUUUGGGAAUUGUACAAGUUAGUGGCGAUUUGAAACCGUUAACCGGGAUGAGAAUUAGAGUGAUUUGAAAACAGAGAGCAAGGAAUUGCAGGUGGGUAGUGAUAAAGAUAAUGGUGGUGUUCUGAUUUUUCAUUCCUUCUCAUCACUUCUACAAGAGGUUAGUUUUCUUUUCUGCAUUUAAAGAGUAUUUAAAGAAAAAUUGUAUGUAAUUGAUUUUCUGCUAUAAUGUUUUGAAAUUCCUUAUUUUACUUGAAUGUAAUAGUGCUUGCUUUUGCUUUCACCCAGCUACCAAAUUCGGUUUUGUUUGUAUGGUAACAUGGAUUGCUCAGGUUAGGUAGGAGAGGAUGGAGGUGAGAAAUACAAUUGGGAAAGAUAUGCUGAGAGAUUUACAAAACACCUUUGAAGCUAUCAGUGAGGAUUCUUCUGUUUAAAAGUAGGAAUUUUUUAAUUUUUCGUGGAAUCAAUGUUUUGUUUUCGACUGACUUUAUAAAGGAUUGCUUGGACAAGUACAGGGUGUUUGGGAUUGAAAGGCUGGGAGAGGCCACAUACGGGUUCAGAGAGAAUAUUCUUUUUUGAAUCUCCAUACGUGCAAUUCCCUCUACAUUAGAGGGUAUUUUCAUAUUAUUUUGCACAUAAAUUUAUUGAAGGGUUUGUGUAUAAAGGUUUCAUUAAUGGGGAUUUCUAUGCAAUGACUGUUUGGGAUUGAAAGGUUAUUCUAGCGUUUAUUUUAAACUUACUGCAAUGACUGUUUGCAAAUUUACAAAAUUUGUGUUUAAUUUGAGUAGCUGGAAUGGAAGACGCAAUUCCAACACCUAUCAAUCAGGUACAACCGUAUAAAAAGGCAAUAAAGAUUAAAGUCCACGUGUGUAGAAUGUGGAGACCGAGAACUUUAGGAACAACUGAUAAAAAUACAAGUCUGCACUAUAUACUGAUUGGCGAAAGGAAGCCAACCAACAACUUCCUCAAAGACACUAGCAGGGUCUGGGAGUGCCCCAGUCAAGCAGCUAAUUGUCCAAGUCGUCCCUCAGCAUUUUACCAAAAGGAAUGACCUCAAAAUGAAGAAAUUAUUGAGUGCUGGCAUAUUUAACAAUUUUGUCGUCUUUUUAUUUUAUAACAUGUUAUUUUGUUUAUUAUAUUGAUUUUUCGUUGGGUUGAGAUGCUGAAUGACAUAUUUUGUUAAAGGAUAUUAUGAGAGAAUCGUACAUAGUUUCGUUUGACCGAGAUGUGUUUUUGUCUAUUUCCAUAAAAAUAUAGACACUAAUAUUGUGUACCGUUGUGAUAAUUACGCUGAAAAAUUUUCCUUUCACUUAGGGGUCAAGGAAAAAAAAAGAUGGACGUAUAAACCACUCUGGCAUUUAAGUUAUGUCUUGACCAUGGACAUUAAUUUUCUCGUUGAACUCUCUUUCCGAGUAAAAUUCCUGGUUUCUUUCACAUUCCCCAGUGUUAUUAAAAGCUAGAGAAUUUGUGGGUUUGAUUGAGCACUAUCUCUAGCUCUGGUCAUUUGGCUUCAAUUUUAUUAAAACAGUAGAAAUUUUUAAGAUCGUUUUGAUGGCUUUCUUAAUACGUGAUACCUUGUUGAGCAAACAAAAUCUUGGCAACAUUUUUAUUUGUUGCGUCUUAUUGCUAAGUUGUAGUUUCAGCUCUGCCGUUGAGAGUGAUAUCAACUGCUUGAAAAGUCUAAAAGCAACACUUCAGGACCCUUUAGGUUACCUAAAAUCUUCAUGGAAUUUCAACAAUAACACAGAAGGUUUCAUCUGUAACUUUCUGGGAAUCGAGUGUUGGCACCCUCACGAGAGCAAAGUUUUAAAUAUCAAGCUUUCGGAUUUGGGGCUCAAGGGCCCGUUUCCUCAUGGUGUAGCGAAUUGCACAAGCUUAACAGGAUUAGAUCUUUCGAGCAACAAGCUCAGUGGACCUCUUCCUGAAGAUAUCGGUAGAAUUAUUUCGUUCAUUGCAACUCUUGAUCUCUCUUCUAACAGCUUCUCAGGGCAAAUCCCAACAAAUAUUACCAAUUGUAGCUAUCUGAAUGUGCUUAAGCUUGACAGCAACUUGUUCACCGGUAACAUCCCUCUAGGGCUUGGCCAGCUCAGUAGGAUUAAAAUAUUUAGCGUGGCAAACAAUCAGCUCUCUGGCCAAGUCCCAGCCUUCGGUAACAAUUCUGUAGUUACAAUAGAAAGUUACGCAAACAAUGCUAAACUUUGUGGGGAGCCUCUAAAGCCUUGUCGAUCGUCUCAAGUGAAGUCCACUAGUACUCUAGUUAAGGUUUUGAAGUCAAACAGUGUUGUUAUAGCAGCAGCAGCUGGUUUUGGAUUUGCUUUUCCUUUUUCUUUCUGUUUUUUCCUUCCAAGAGCUCCUAGUGUGCGUCGCUUGUGGGUCUUCUAUCGAGGAUAUAAACUGAGGUAGCCAGUAACCUUUGUCCUUUUAUGUUAUGUUUCAGUGAAAUAU